AGGGAGCAGCUGCUGCUUCUAGCAGCUCACUUCUUAUUUGCCUAGUAACUUUUAUUUCACUGAGUAUUUUAGAAGGAGAUUCUUCUUUUUGACUGUCAAAAUGGUUAUCAAAGUUUUUGUUGCCACAUCUUCUGGAUCUAUAGCGAUUAGGAAGAAACAGCAAGAAGUAGUGGGCUUUUUGGAAGCCAAUAAAAUUGACUUUAAGGAACUUGAUAUUGCUGGUGAUGAAGACAACAGGAGAUGGAUGAGAGAGAAUGUACCUGGAGAGAAAAAACCACAAAAUGGAAUUCCUCUUCCUCCACAGAUCUUUAAUGAGGAACAGUAUUGUGGGGAUUUUGAAUCUUUCUUCUCUGCAAAAGAAGAAAAUAUUAUAUAUUCGUUUCUUGGUUUGGCACCUCCACCAGGCUCAAAGGUGGCAGAAGCAACUGAGGAAACAUCAGCUCUUCCGAAUGGAGAACUUGGAGGAGGGGAACAGAAUACUACAGAAGGAACAGACAGUGCUGAAGUAAGUGGAAAAGAUGAGGUGCCAAAAGAAGACAAUGAAGAUGCAGACAAUCCUCCUGAAUCAGAAGUAAAACAGGAGGGGACCACAGAAGAGGAAGAAAAAGAGGAAGCAGAAGAGGAAGAAGAGCAGAAGACUCUUAGUUCUUUUCAUGCUUCAUUUCUUCAAGUUUCUCAGGAAGUGAAGUACAAGCCAUGCCACUAUGUUUCAUCAAUGUUGCCCCAGCAAAAUGAGAUGGCCUGAGGUUUAGACACAUUUCUUAAUAUAUCAGUGCUACAUUGAGGAGUUGCUGUGCCAUAUAUGUGGGUAGAUGUAUAUUGUCUAUAUCUAUAUGAAAGAAAAUAUGGAUAUAUAACAUAAAUUUACGUUUGGUUCACAUAGAUGUGUUUGCUAUGAAUGAGCACACUUUAAUAAUAACCUGAAAAAUUUAUUCCAAGCUAUGGAACUAGCUCAAAUUCAGCCCAAGAGAUUCUAAGGGUGUUUCCUGUACAUGUGCCUUAUGCUGCUUCUGUCAGAACAAUUUUGAAUAUGUUACAGUGUACAAUGGUCUAAA